ACUGGGCGUGCUCUGCUCAUGGGUCCAGGCGGAGACUGACCGGAUGGUUCACCCUCUCUUUGCUGGGAAAGAGACCUAGAGAUCUUGGGAAAUAGACCAAGAUGCUAAGAACCCCAAUGCUGGGCAGGGGGCUUUCGCCGCCCUGGAUAGGAUCCCUUUGGGGCCCCCACCACCCCCCACGGCUGACACGGGCACACUCACACGGUCCCUGCACUCAGACGGGCAGGAACGUCGCUUUGCACCCCCUCUGGAAAGGUCCAGUCCCCGUGCCGGGAGGCAGCCGCCAGUCCCCGAUCAACAUCAGCCGGAGGGACAGUGUGUACGACCCCCAGCUGCCACCACUCAGGGUUGCCUAUGACGCGGCCACCUGCCGGCACAUUUGGAACACGGGCUACUUCUUCCAGGUGGAGUUCGACGACUCUACUGAGGGAUCAGGGGUCAGCGGGGGUCCCCUGCAGAACCACUACCGACUCCGGCAGCUGCACUUCCACUGGGGGGCAGCUGACGCGUGUGGAUCGGAGCACACGGUGGAUGAGCACGUGUACCCGGCUGAGCUGCAUGUGGUACACUGGAACGCUGUGAAGUACCCGAGCUACCAGGCAGCGGCGGGCGGCCCCGAGGGCCUGGCAGUGCUGGCCGUCCUCCUCCAGCUGGGGGCCCCACACCAGGCCCUGCAGACGCUGGUGGACAUCCUGCCAGCCAUCAGGCACAAGGACACGCGGGCAGCACUGGGCCCCUUCCAGCCGGCCUCGCUGCUGCCGGCCUGCCCUGACUACUGGACCUACCCGGGCUCCCUGACCACACCGCCCCUCAGCGAGUCGGUCACCUGGAUCGUCCACAAGACACCCAUUGAAGUGUCCCCCGCCCAGCUGGCUGCCUUCCGUGCGCUCCUGCUGUCGGCUCGCGGUGAGGAAGAGAGGGCGAUGGCCAACAACUUCCGUCCCGUGCAGCCCCUCAUGGACAGGAGGGUCCGCGCCUCCUUCCGGGCCGCCUGAGCUUGUGAUGCCUGGAACGGGGGAGAGCUGAGCCCCGCCAGCGCCAGCUCCCCGGGCCGGUCACGUGGAGCCUGCAAAUGAAAUAGGGAGAAAACUCGGGGGUCGCUGUCCGAGUCCUGCCAGCUGGGACCCUCCUGGGCUGCAGAAGCCCCUUCAGAGCAGCUCCCGGGCCUGGACUCACCCAGCCCCGAGGCCCCUCCAUGUCUCAGCCGCACCACCUACCACUUGUGGCCCACACUGCCUUGCUCCAUCUCCUACCAGAGUCCGACCGCUGGGAAGCUUUAUCUGCGCCCCCUAAGUCUGAAACACAGAGGGCCACAUCGUCCCUCCUGGGAGUGGACAGGAGGCCGUGGGCAGCUGUGCCCAAGUCCAGGCUGGGCAUCCAUCCAAGUCCAGCAUGAAGACAAAAGGCAGGCGCAUGCUCUGGGUUUGGGGUCAGGGCGGUCUGUGUCCCCCUCACCCGACAGGCAGAGAGGUCUCCCAGCCUCCACUUGGCAGGGGCUUCUCUUGUCCAGAUCCCGGCCUGGAUAAGCACCUGCUUUUGAGGCCUUUCUAUGGCUGCAGCCGCAGACUUUCUCCUCUGUAGAGACUCAGCUUGACCGUGGGGCGGUGGAGCCCAGCCUCGCCAGCCAGCUCUGGGGCCCCGUGGUGAGGGAGCGGGAGGGCCAGGCCCACAGCUCACCAGGGGCCUGAGAUGAGGUCAAGGGUGGCUUGUGCGGGCAGAGGGGGGUUCCUUCUCCCUGUUUCAGGGUCUCCUGCAGUCUCCACAGGGACUGCCUGGACCUCUGGCCACGGAGACCCCCCACGCACACACACGCAUGCACACAUGCACCUUCCCUCCCAGGAGAGCAUCCCUGCUCCUGGCUUCCUGGGCACACAGGCCGCGGUCCCCAGCCUGCAGCACGGGCAGGACAGAGGGAGGGACCCUUAGGUGUGGUUUUGCCCCAGAUUAUUGUCUCUGGGGAGACCUCGCCAUUCCUGAGUCUCUCAUGAAAUGGAUCUCAGGCCACCCGGAGAGCCUCGGGCUGUAGGAUGGAGGAGCCGCGUGCUGGUCCUGCCCCCUUAGUGGGACGCUGCCGUGUCAUAGCCUCUGUGUGACCCACCCUCUCCCUGCAGAGACCCCACCCCACCCAGCGACACAGCUCAGCCCACAGAUCAGGAUUGCAGGGGCACCCGCUGCACAGCGUGGGCAAGUGCCCUAGCACAGCACUCCCUGUGAUGCAGUGCUCUGGAACUGCUUGGUUGCACAGGACUUUCCAUGACAGAAUGUUCUAGAAUUGUUCUCUCCCAUUGUACUUCCUAUGAUGGUGGGACAUUCGGGAACUACUACAUUCCCUUGUACUUCCGACACUGUUCUGGAAUUGCUGUCUCCCACAGCACUUUCUCUAAUAGAAUGUUCUGGAACUGC